AUGUUAACAGUUCAACAAUGGUUAAAACAAUAUGUUCGGGAUGUAUUAGAUGAAUCUGAUGAAAUUUUACAUGUUGAAUAUCAAUUAAUUUAUACUGUCGGUGGCCAAGAACAAGGUGAUGGAGAUGCAGAACGUUGGAAAGGUGUGGCUACUAAUACUAACAAUAAUCGUGUACGUCACACGAGUGUCGAUGGUGUUCCUCUACCUGCUUCGUUUGCCUCCCAUUAUUCAAUCAGUCAUGGUGUUCCUUUAAAUGAGAACGCACUCAAUUCGUUUUACAGUGCAUUCCAAUGUGUUGGUGGGAAUCCUGGUGAUUUUCAUACAGAAAAUGGUUGGCCUGAUAGGCAAUGUAUAUUCCAUAAUGUUUGUUUACGUCAGAGCGGUGCAAAUUCAAAGUAUAUCAUUGAUUAUUUCUAUCCUUCGUCAAUUAAAUCUAUGAGUUCAACUUUGAUUCGUUGGAACAAUACAAUAAUAGGUCUGCGUCAUGGUGCUGGUCAAUUUUCAAAUGAUGCGAGGAUGGCUCAAGUGCAACUAGUUCCAUUGAAUCAUUUGGAUCGAACCGAUUCCAACAGUAAUCUUAGCUUUCUGGAUGAAACCUAUUUGAUUUACCAGAUCUUGCCUGAUAGUGAUAUGAAUUUUGGCCAUGUGAUAUUUGAUGAUGCUUUUGGUUUGUAUGCGAAUUUGAGACAAUUUCGAGCUACUCGAUAUAAUUCACCCAACAAAAAUCAUGUGCUAGUAUUCAAAUCAUGUUCACAAUUCGAAGGCCAUUUGAAUGAACUGUGUCUUAAAUUUACUGAAGGAAUUUUUCCAGUCAUUACAUCACAUCCAGUUCGUUCAAUCAAUUCAUUAUUCAAUUCAUCAUUGAAUUCCAAUCGCACUUGUUUUCGAGAGUUGGUUGCCGGUCAUAGCCCUUCGGGUGCAGUCGGCUGGGGCCCAAAAAAUUUCAAUCGGGCCCAAAUUUUCUCUGAGUUUCGCUCGGAUCUCCUCUUAAAUCAUGGAAUCAAUCCGAACAAAUUUCCACAACAGCAUCAUAUUUUACUUGUCAAUAAAAAUGGCAGGCGAAAAUUUAAUAAUCUGAAUGAGAUCUACAAAACGAUUGUAUCCACUCCUCGAUAUGCCGGCAUCAAGAUUACAAUUGCAAAUGAUUUUAAAGAUUCAACAAUUACUCAACAGUUGGAGUUAUUUCAGACAGUUACUAUUGUAAUAUCCCCUUGUGGAGGCAUAUCCCUCUUAUUUUUUUGGCUUCCUCCACAAUAUACGUUAAUUGUCUCAAGCUUUCUUGUCCCCACGACAAACGGUUAUCUUUCAGGCCGCAUGGAAUCUCAACUAUGGGACUAUCAAUCUCACAUGCACGUAAUUCAUUAUCCAGUCGAUUCUCUUGAUGAAUUCACGAUGCCAGCACAGUAUAAAAAAACCGAUUGGGUGGCUCUUCGUAAUUAUGCAGAUCUCACGCUAAAGCCUGAAAAAUUAUUUCCGCUUAUCGAUCAAGCGAUUGUGACUGCUGCACUGAAAACUAGUUAA